UGACUGAGUAUGAAUACUUCCGGGUUAUAUGGACGUGGUUUAUAGAUGUGUGAAGGGAACAUAAUUUGCAGCUCCACUGGCCAGCUAGGUAGUCUGUACUGUAAAUUGAUACGCUUUUGCCUGCGUUAUUUAAUUGUACAGCAUAUAAAUAUGUGGCUCUUAAAACGAUGAGUUGUACAAAGUCAUGAAAUGCAAGGUGGGUAAAUUGACAUUACGGCCUGCCAUGCCGCGGAAGAGCCCAUGCUUUUGGUGCGCAGUGACCAAAAGUGAAGUUGCCGCUUCCUCGCUCUUCCCAUUGGAAUCGCAGUAGCAGAAUCAGAGUGCUUACAGUAUGUAGGCUAUGUGACUGCCAGACCCCUCUUUCUCUCUGACACCAAUGCGGUGGCACUAGGUAGCAGAUUGUCAAACUGCGGGGUGAGGAGCCGCGGAGGAGACGUAAACCCAAUAAUCAGUGCCACAGGGCCGUCUAUCAACGCGGCUGCAGUACAGCAAUCUGACACUGGCAUGCGCACUGCAGUUUAGAGUCAAUUCGAGUCUCCUCAACCGGAGCCACAGGCAGCAGUGACUAUUCCGAUAACAGCCGUCCCCAGUUCCUGUUUCCGCCGCAGCUUUUUCCAACCGAAUUUUGGACCAAAACAUCGCCGCUGCGUCGGACUUCAACUUCGUCAGGCCUCCCCUCUCGGAUCUCCCGGAAGCCUGGUGUGUCAAGUGAAGGAGCCAGGCCAAACACAUGAAGUAAUCAGGACCGGAGGAAAAGGUGACGAAAACAAACCAGGUGCAACCAGCAAGGGGCAAGGAGUGUAACGAUAAACACACAGUCACCAAGGAGCACGAAAAAACAGGAGGUGGAGACCCCUGCAGGACAGGACAGGAACAACAGCCAGGAGUCUUAGUCAGUCAGUGAACCCUCUGAGGAGAAAAACAUGCUCUAGCACAAGAAGAGGGGACUGGUCGGAAUACUCACCAAAGAAACACCCAAUUGUAUCCCCUUUCACGCCUUCCACAAAGCCCCUCGUCUCUCUUACUACCUCUCUCCCCCUGCCCUGCGGUGCCAGAGAGGAUGCCCUGGUGGGUAUUGUGACGGGGAGCGACGGUGUGUGUGGGUGGCCAGGCUGAACUACGAUGCGGCCCUGGGCGGGCUCGUGGCGCUGGAUCACCCUGGUGUUGCUGGCGUGGGGCACGCUGCUCUUCUACAUCGGGGGCCAUCUGGUGAGAGACAGCGAACACCCUGAGAGGUCCAGCCGCGAGCUAUCUAAGAUCCUGGCCAAACUGGAGCGCCUCAAGCAGCAGAACGAGGACCUGAGACGCAUGGCAGAGUCCCUCAGGAUACCUGAGGGCAAAGUAGAAGAGGGAGGGGCCCUGGCUGUGGGGAGACUACGCUCGCUGGAGGACCAGCUGACCAGAGCCAAGCAGAAGAUCCACAGCUUCCAGAGACUGACUGGAGAUGGUCCAGGCCCCACCCAGGAGGAGCUGAGGCGGAGGGUAGAGAACGGUGUGAGGGAGCUCUGGUACUUUGUCCGCAGCGAGGUGAAGAGCCUGGGCCAUGUGGAGGCCGGGGAAAGGCCCAGACAGGCUGACACCCUGCUACAAGACCUGGGACACCAGCAGAGGUCUAUCAUGACAGACCUGUACUACCUCAGCCAGGCUGAUGGAGUGGGAGACUGGAGAGUGAAGGAGGCCAGGGACCUGUCUAACCUGGUGCAGAGCAGGAUCACCUACCUACAGAACCCCCAGGACUGCAGCAAGGCACGUAAGCUGGUGUGUAACAUCAACAAGGGCUGUGGCUAUGGCUGUCAGCUGCACCACGUGGUCUACUGCUUCAUGAUCGCAUACGGCACCCAGCGCACCCUCAUCCUGGAGUCCCACAACUGGCGCUACGCCACGGGUGGCUGGGAGACCGUCUUCCACCCCGUCAGCAACUCCUGUACCGACCGCACUGGGGUGUCUACAGGGCACUGGUCAGAUUUGUAUAAACCAAGAAUAGGACCCAAGAGGAGGCCAGUUGGGUCAAAUAAGGGUGAGGCCCAUGACAAGGACAUCCAGGUGGUGGAGUUACCCAUCGUGGAUAGCCUACACCCCCGCCCCCCGUACCUGCCCCUGUCCAUCCCGGAAGACCUAGCCCAGCGUCUACACCGUCUCCAUGGUGACCCGUCUGUGUGGUGGGUGUCUCAGUUCGUUAAGUACCUGGUGCGUCCUCAGGCCUGGCUGGAGAAGGAGAUUGCAGACACCACAGCCAAGCUGGGUUUCAAGCACCCCAUCAUAGGGGUCCAUGUUCGACGGACAGAUAAGGUGGGGACAGAGGCUGCGUUCCACCCUAUAGAGGAGUAUAUGGUGCACGUGGAGGAACAGUUCCAACACAUGGCCAGACGCAUCCACGUGGACAAGAAACGAGUCUACCUGGCAACAGAUGACCCCUCACUACUGCAAGAGGCUAAGACCAAGUACACUGACUAUGAGUUCAUCAGUGAUAACUCCAUCUCGUGGUCAGCCGGCCUUCACAACCGCUACACCGAGAACUCUCUGAGAGGAGUCAUCCUAGACAUACACUUCCUGUCCCAGACCGACUUCCUGGUCUGCACCUUCUCCUCACAGGUGUGCCGCGUGGCCUACGAGAUGAUGCAGACGCUGCACCCGGACGCCUCCUCCUUCUUCCACUCGCUAGACGACAUCUACUACUUCGGUGGUCAGAACGCCCACAACCAGAUCGCCAUCUACCCCCACCACCCCCGCAGCCCCGAAGACAUACCCCUGGAGCCCGGUGACGUCAUCGGCGUGGCGGGGAACCACUGGGAUGGCUACUCGAAAGGGGUCAACCGUAAAAUGGGCCGCACCGGCCUCUACCCGUCCUACAAAGUCAAGGAGAAGAUCGAGACCGUAAAGUACCCCACGUACCCCGAGGCAGACAAGCUGCUCUCAAACUCCCAACAGAAGUGAAGAAGAAAGGGAAAGAUGAAAAUAAAAAUAGAGAAAUAGACUCUGAAUCAGUGAUAAAACAGGGGGAAAGGGGGUGGUCGUGUUUAGGCUGCACUGAGAGUCUGUGUGUGUUGUGUGUGUGUGUGUGUGUGUGUGUGUGUGUGUGUGUGUGUGUGUGUGUGUGUGUGUGUGUGUGUGUGUGUGUGUGUGUGUGUGUGUGUGUGUGUGUGUGUGUGUGUGUGUGUGUGUGUGUGUGUGUGUGUGGGUCUGUAAAUUAUGGAAUCUUGCAGCUGCCACUACAUCGUCCCCGUGCACACAGAUUAUGAUGAAAAGUAUCAAUCAAACAUUGAUUUCAAACGAACCGGAAAACAAUUAAACGCCCGUAGCCGACAACGUGGACUGGGAAUGGAACUAGCAAAUCGGGUCGAGCCUUGGAUCAAGGGCUGAAAAACAAUUAUAAACUGGAAGAAAAAAACAUGUUUUCAUUUUUAUUCAAUUAUUUUGGUGGUUUUAAUUCUAUUCUUGCCUUAUUUCUUCUCUCCUGUGUUCAUUAAAUGUACUGUAUCUUGCAUCUUCCGCUUGCCAUAUUCACUCACUGCGUUCCUCCCCUCUCCUUUUGCUCCAAUAGCACUGUCCAACAUCUAGUCUUUCAUGUGCAAUUCCUUUUAUACCACCUUAAAGUCUUUUUAACAAGUGAUUUGAUUUUAACGUGCGUGUGUCUGUUUAGGGGGAAUGCCAUGGUGCCUGUCAUCAGUGAGCGGCGUCCUUAUGUCCUUAUUCCUGACUGAAUAGUUGUGUUGUGCUCAAUGAGACUGGUGGUGACAGUUGGACCCUUAGCAGGAACUUGAACCGUGAACUAUGGUGACCAAUAAGUGAAGAUUGAUGAUGGUGAACAAUGUUGAUCUAUGUUGAACAAUAAUACUCUAUGGUGACCUAUGAUUACCUUUGAACUAUGAUGACCUGUAAUGAUCUACGGCGAACUACAGUGCACACAGGAGCACUCUUUAGGCUCACCAAACAAAGCACUCCACUGAGCUAAUGUCCUUUUGACAUCUCUACGUCCGUCUAAGUCCAUCUGUUUGUUUGUCGUAUUUUUUUUGUUACUAACAUUACUGUUGGAAAUAUGAGGUGGGUGGGAAAAAAAGAGAUGCCUAUGUUGAAAUUGAUAAUGCUAUGUCAUAAGAGGUUUGUAAUCGACCGUGAUAAAGAACUUUGUCAUAGCUUAUGUUCUGGGGGCAUUUUCUUUGAUACCAACCACUGAUCGAGUAAACUUGACAAACCAAGUGAUACUUGUGUUGUCCCUCUCCAUCUACAUUAAAAGGAAUCCAAAAUGAUUCCACCUCUACCCUCGACCCCCCGGCCCCCAAAACUCCUUAUGAAUGAUGUUGAAUAAAUGUGUUACGAAGGUUGUUAUGGGUGAUACUGCUACUCCCACAAAGGUUGAUAUUAAUUGUUCAAUGUGAACCUACCAGGAAUGUCUUUGUCCCGAAUCAAGAUGGCCUCCUAGUCAGGUGACCUAUCAUCAUCAGCUGACCAGUCACCUGACCUCAUCAAGAUGGCAAACAUUUGAUGGUUUGACAGCCAACAGAGGACUUCAUCCAGUAUGUGUUCGUGACAUGAGGGUUAUGUAUGCCUUAACCCUUAAAGUACAGUGUCAUCCCUCUUCCUUUAGAAGGAAGGGUCCAGCCAGAGCCAAAUAUUUAGAGAGUUGGGACAUUGCAGUUUCUGUCUGAACGUUCCGAGAGCGCUACAUUCUCCUCCGUAGCCAUUGCUUAGUGAUAACUGACGCUUCCGUGUUGUGCUGUUUAUUCUGAACGUUUUCUAAACCAAUGAAGAUGUCCAUUUGUUGACACUACAAUAGUAUAUAUAUAUAUAUAUAUAUAUAUAUAUAUAUAUAUAUAUAAACACAGAAAAUACUUGGAUACACAUGAUCCUGAAUGCUAAUCAAUAAAAAUGUCUAUUAAAUUCACUGCUCUGUUUUGCUUGUUUACAGUGGGUCAUUUCAUAGGGAACUGUCGGAGGUGCUAUCUUAAUGUUACAUCACCAAAAUGUUGAGAAUAAAAUGGCGUCUGUUCUAGAAGUUGUCUAAACUCUCUAAAUAUAUGGCUCUGGGUCCGGCGUCACUGACGGCCAAAGGCUGUCGAUGACCCCUUGUGUGGCCGUAAUGCCCACUAAAAAAGAUACAUACUUUGCUGCCAAAGUGGCAAUUGUGCCCUUGGGCUGAAUGUAAUAACUCCCUUCUCACGGCUGCCAAUCACCGUUCUCCUAAGCGUCUCUCACUCAUAUCGCUCUCUCAGAUAUCUAAAUUGAACUCUGUGAAGCAUUUAUUUGGUCUGCAAUUUCUGAGGCUGGUAACUCUAAUGAACUUAUCCUCUGUAGCAGAGGUAACUCUGGGUCUUCCUUUCCUGUGGCGAUCAUCGUGAGAGACAGUUUCAUCAUAGCGCUUGAUGGUUUUUGGCGACUGCACUUGAAGAAACUUUCAAAAUGCUAGAAAUGUUUCGGAUUGACUGACCUGUCAUUUCUCUUUGGUUAUUUGAGCUGUUCUUGCCAUAAUAUUGACUUUUAACAAAUAGGGCUAUCUUCUGUAUACCACCCCUACCUUGUCACAACACAACUGAUAGGCUCAAACACGUUAAGAAGGAAAGAAAUUCCACAAAUUAACUUUUAAAAAAAAGCACACCUGUUAAUUCUCCUGGCUGCCAAUCACUGUGCUCCUAAACGCCUCUCACUCAAAUCGCUCUCAGAUAUCUAAAUUCUUAUUAGCCAAUACCGGUCACGUGAUCGGGUCCUUCUCACAGGCAUCGCAUCCCUGAAGCAGGCUACAAGAGAAGACCGACACAUCGGGGAUGCAACAGCAUCGAAUUCUGAGGUGCUUGUUGAAGACAUUAGAACUGUCCACAUUUACCACGUAAGCCAACAUGAUGAGUAGGCCUAACGAACAACAAAGUACUAGCGUAUGUCAAUCUAAAAUCCCCAAUAGUACAAAAGUCAACCUUUUCUAUUGGUCAACUUGUCCUUCUGUACGAGAAAAAAAUAUUUCAAACAUACUCUGGGAUAGUUGUGGGACGUGACAGAUCCCAAAUGAAAACAACCAUUAUAGCCUACAUACAAAUACAAAUGAAAAUGUACAAGCAAUGAGGCUGAUGCAACAGAACAUGACUAGCUUAAAAUAUUGAUGAACUAUUAGGCUAUUUCUUCACAUAAAUGCAGCAAUGCGCACAAGAUGGGAAGGCUAUACUCUCAAAUUGUCACGUUCUGACCUUUAUUUCCUUUGUUUUUGUAUUUAUUUAGUAUGGUCAGGGCGUGAGUUGGGGUGGGCAGUCUAUAUUUGUUUUUCUAUGAUUUGGGGAUUUCUAUGUUUCGGCCUAGUAUGAUUCUCAAUCAGAGGCAGGUGUCAUUAGUUGUCUCUGAUUGAGAAUCAUACUUAGGUAGCCUGGGUUUCACUGUUUGUUUGUGGGUGAUUGUCUAUGUUAGUUGCUUGUGUCAGCACAGGUCUCAUUUAUAGCUUCACGGUCGUUAUUUGUUUAAUGUUUUUGUAUAGUUUGUAUUCAGUGUUCAGUGCUUUCUUUUAUUAAAUAUUCAUCAUGAACACAUACCACA